AUGAGAAAGAAGGACCUUGUGGAAGGCGCAUUUACUCAUCAGUCUCUGCAAUCUCAUGUCCAAGUUCCUCCACCUCCUGAUGCUGGUGCCUUUAAGCCAAGGGCUCCAAAGGCGACAUCAUUUCGCAGAUUCUAUGAAAGAGGUGACUUUCCCAUUGCCUUGGAAUUUGAUACAAAAGGAAACAAAAUUGCCUGGAAGGUGGAAAUAGAGAAGAUGGACUACCAUCAUUACUUGCCUCUGUUCUUUGAAGGUCUUCGAGAAACACAGCAUCCUUAUGAAUUCUUUGCACGUCAAGGGAUUCAUGAUAUGUUAGAACAUGGAGGCAAUAAAAUAUUGCCAUGCAUUCCACAAUUAAUAAUUCCAAUUAAAGAGGCCCUUAAUACUCGAAGUCUCCCUGUUGUUUGUACAACAUUAAAAGUUCUCCAACAUUUAGUAGUUUCAGCUGAACUUGUGGGAGAAGCACUUGUUCCAUAUUACAGACAAAUCUUGCCUAUUUUCAAUAUUUUCAAGAACAAAAACUUGAACAUUGGGGAUGAAAUUGACUACAGCCAACAGAAAAGGAUGAAUGUUGGAGAUUUGAUCCAAGAGACACUAGAGCUAUUUGAGCGACAUGGUGGAGAAGAUGCCUUCAUCAAUAUCAAAUACAUGAUUCCUACAUACGAAUCAUGCAUUCUAAACUGA